AUGACUACCGAAAAGUUCGAGAAUGGCAAUGACCUCGAAGGGGGUCAUUUGAACGCCAUUGAGAGUGUUCGCUCCGCUGCAAACAUCACGAUGAGCUCUGAACUAUUCGAGAAGCUCUACCUCUCUCCCCCCAACGCCGUCAAAGGAAAUCUCAGAAACACUUUUGGAAACCCCACCCCAAUGGGACUCAUUGGAUUCCUCGUUGCUCUGAUGCCCUUGUCAUGCAGUCUCAUGGGCUGGAGAGGCUCUGGUAGCUUCGGUGCAGCUGCUAUCCCUGUCUACUUCUUCAUGGGUGGCUUUCUCAUGGUGCUUAGCGGCAUUCUUGAGUGGGUUCUCGGCAACAGCUUCCCAUCCAUCGUCUUCUGCAGCCUUGGUUGUUUCUGGCUUUCAUUUGGGGGUGUUCUAAACCCUUCUUUUGGCGCAUUCUCUUUCUACGCACCUGCCGAUGCCACGUCGUCCGCAGAAGGUUUGGCCACCCGUGGGUUCAACGCCAGCCUAGGCUUCUGGCUCUUGGGCAUGGUUAUUCUGGCUUUAGUCUAUCUCGUCUGCUCUCUGAGAACCAACGUUGUCUUUGUUAUCAUCUUUGCGACACUGGUGCCAGCCCUAUGCCUCUUGACUGGAGCCUUUUGGGUUUGGGCCGAGGACUAUCCAGGUAACACAAAGCUUGCGCUGCGUCUAUGCGAGGCUGCGGGUGCAUGCCUAUUCGUGACCUGCUUCGCUGGUUGGUACAUCCUCGUCGCUAUGAUGUUUGCCAUCUUGGACUUCCCGGUCCAGAUUCCGAUUGGAGACUUGUCCAACGUUUUCGCUAGGAAGUCAAGGGCGAACCGGGGUUAG